UGAGCUGCUUCGAGUGCUGCAUCAAGUGUCUGGGCGGAGUCCCCUAUGCCUCGCUGGUGGCCACCAUCCUCUGCUUUUCCGGGGUCGCCCUGUUCUGCGGCUGUGGCCACGUGGCCCUGGCCGGCACCGUGGCACUUCUGGAGCAGCACUUCUCCACCAACGCCAACGACCACGCCCUGCUGAGCCAAGUGAUUCAGCUGAUGCAGUACGUCAUCUACGGGAUCGCGUCCUUCUUCUUCCUGUACGGGAUCAUUCUGCUGGCAGAAGGCUUCUACACCACCAGUGCUGUGAAGGAACUGCACGGGGAGUUCAAGACCACCGCCUGUGGCCGAUGCAUCAGCGGAAUGUUUGUUUGCCUCACCUACGUGCUGGGAGUGGCCUGGCUGGGUGUGUUUGGAUUCUCUGCCGUUCCUGUGUUUAUGUUCUACAACAUCUGGUCAACCUGUGAAGUCAUCAAGUCACCCCAGACCAAUGGGACGGCUGGUGUGGAGCAGAUCUGUGUGGAUGUCCGGCAAUAUGGCAUCGUCCCUUGGAAUGCUUUCCCAGGAAGGAUAUGCGGCUCUGCUCUUGAGAACAUCUGCAACACCAGUGAGUUCUACAUGUCUUACCACCUGUUCAUUGUGGCUUGUGCCGGAGCUGGUGCCACUGUCAUUGCCCUGAUCCACUUCCUCAUGAUACUGUCUUCUAACUGGGCUUACUUAAAGGAUGCAAGCAAAAUGCAGGCUUACCAGGAUAUCAAAGCAAAGGAGGAACAGGAGCUGCAAGAUAUCCAGUCUCGGUCAAAAGAGCAACUCAAUUCUUACACUUAAGCGUUGUGCCAGAGUGUUUCUGCCGAUGAAUUUACCGCUCUGACAAAUCAGACAGCCGCUCUGCAGUACAGAUGUGCAUCCCACUAAACACUUCACUGUCUCAAGCUGCUGGGGGUGUGUUUCUAGGAAAAUCUUCCAGUGGGUAAAUCUUUUCCUUUAGAUCAGAUUAUUGGAGGUUUCAUGCUAGCCAUUUUAAAAGGCAACACUCUGAUAAAAUGUUCAUUUAUCCUUUCGAAAAAAAAAAAAGA